UCGGGCUCUUGGACGCAGCUACUCUGAGGAUUACGGCAGUGGGGCCGGGAGCAGGGACCAGGGAGCCUCAUUGAAUCAGCCGCUGCUCUCGGCUGGCGGCAGAGCAUCCCCAGUUCUGCGCUCGGCAACCGGAGCGUUCCCAGAGCUUGCAGACACCAGCCCCGCACCAUGGCCAAAGAAGGCGCGGAGAAAGCGGAGGAGACCGAGCAGAUGAUCGCCAAGGAGGGCGGGCCCGAGGCGGCCCAGGGCGGUGGCGGCGGAGGCGGCAGCCCUCGGGCCGGGGACACCAAGGAGAUGCGUGCAGUGCUGCUGGCCGGCUUCGGCGGGCUCAGCAAGCUGAGGGUUAGCCGGAGGCCCAUGCCCGAGCCCCAGGAGGCCGAGCUCAAGAUCCGCGUCAAAGCCUGUGGCUUAAACUUUAUUGAUCUAAUGGUGAGACAAGGGAACAUUGACAAUCCUCCCAAGACACCCUUGGUCCCUGGAUUUGAGUGCUCUGGGAUUGUAGAAGCCAUUGGAGACAAUGUGAAAGGCUAUGAGAUUGGAGACCGUGUCAUGGCGUUUGUGAAUUACAACGCAUGGGCAGAAGUCGUUUGUACGCCAGCGGAGUUUGUCUACAGGAUCCCAGAUGACAUGAAUUUCCCUGAAGCUGCUGCCUUCCCCAUGAACUUUGUAACUGCCUACAUGAUGCUUUUCGAGGUCGCCAACCUGCGGGAAGGCAUGUCAGUGCUGGUGCACUCUGCCGGAGGUGGCGUGGGCCAGGCUGUUGCUCAGCUCUGCUCAACCAUCCCCAAUGUUACGGUCUUUGGAACUGCUUCUUCCUUCAAGCAUGAAGCCAUCAAAGAUUCCGUCACCCACCUCUUUGACAGAAAUGCUGACUACGUGCAGGAGGUUAAAAGAAUCUCUCCAGAAGGCGUAGAUAUUGUCUUGGACUGUCUUUGUGGAGAAAACACAGGAAAAGGUCUCAGUCUUCUCAAACCGCUGGGAACGUAUAUUUUAUAUGGGUCAUCAAACACCGUGACAGGGGAGACCAAGAGCUUCUUCAGCUUUGCAAAAUCAUGGUGGCAGGUCGAGAAGGUGAACCCUAUCAAGCUAUAUGAGGAGAACAAAGUCAUUGCUGGAUUUUCGCUCCUCAAUCUCCUUUUCAAACAAGGUCGAGGUGGCCUGAUUAAAGGCAUAAUGGACAAACUCAUAGCCCUGUACAACGAGAAGAAGAUCAAACCCACGGUUGACUCAUUAUGGGCUCUGGAAGAAGUGAAGGAAGCCAUGCAAAGAAUCCAUGACAGGGGUAACAUAGGAAAAUUAAUUUUGGAUGUAGGAAAAGGCCCCUACUCCCUUGGGUGAGUAUGGAGGACUGAGCGUGCAAACGUAAGUUAUGGGCAAAUUCUAUUAUCUGAUCACAAUUCCUAAUGAGGAAACCAGUGUGCCUUGAUUGGUAGGUCUAGAGGUAUAAACCGUCUGCUAUAUGCUUCUUUCCACGUCCUUCCUC